AUGCCAAGCCGAAGCUGAGCAGUAGUGCAAAUAAUGUUUGAGCUGAAAUAAGAACUGAAAUUAUGCAUUAUAUACUUCAAUGAUUCACGGAAAGCUGCUAUUAAAUGUAAUACAUUGAAUAGCACUAAAUUUUUUGAUUAGCAAAUGAAGCAUAAUGGAUUUUAAAGAAGAAGAUCUCAAAGAACUAACAAGAAAUGAUCAUGAAGUUUUAGGUUCUGAUUUUUGUUCCGGCUACACGGACGUGUUUGGGAAGUGGAACACUGGUUUUGCGUGCCCUAGACUAAAUAAUGGAGAAACAGUAUACUGCUGCGGUACUGUCCUGUACAAGUACUGCUGCACAAGGAAAGAACAGAACUCGAGUUCUGGAAUGAGUCAAUCCAUUAUUGUUGGAUCUACUAUCGGAUCGAUCAUGGUGAUAGUUCUCGUAGUUAUGGUAUCUUGUAUAGUAUGUAAAAAGUGUCCACCUUGUAGAAGAGCUCAUUCAUCACUUAAUGGAGGUCCUUUAUAUAAUCUUCAAUGUAGCAGUUCCAUGAGUGGCGUAGGAAAUUUUUAUUCAUUCUCGGGGCAAACAACGGCCUCCACAACUCCCCUAGACAACCCUCAUACAAUGGUAGACUUGGAUACCAUGAACUCUUUAAGAAGUAUGAAUCAUCACAUCUCAAGAACUGGAUUACGCUACGAUACUCCAACAGAUCCUCCUCCUCCUUAUAUAGAAAGACCAUCUAAUGCUGAUGAAUCUUUUGUAAAUACAGAUGUAGUUCGAAACAGCACUGAAGAUGAAUGUAUAGCUUCCCAGUCUAGACAAGCAUCUAAUCAUCUUCCAAAAUCAACGAACCCCCUAGCUCCUCAACCACAAGCCAAACUGUAUACGUCAACAAAGUUUUAAAAUAGUCAAAGAAUGUUCUGGAUACACAAAACAAUUCGCCGGAUGACAAAACAGUUGCAAACUAAGUGUCAUCAUUAGCAGCCAAAGGUCAUCAAGUUCUUAUUUUUGUAUUUGUAUUCAGCAUGGGAAGGUGUUUCCUUCAAAAUCUGAUUACAAUCUUCAUUGGACUAAAACUAAGUUAUUUACAUGAAAAUAUCAACAUUACUCAUUUGAUAAACGUCACUCUUUGGAAAUAUGUAUGUAAAUUAUUUGGUGUAAAAAAUCAUUGCAUAAAAUGUAAAUAUUACCAUUUGCAAAAAAGAGAAGUUAUCUUGAAAAUA